AUGGCAAAGAAAAAGAAGACACAGCCUAAGGCGAUUGUCAGAGGUUUUGCAACAACUUCGGUCCCGAAGAAGGUCCAGCCGGCAGAGGCAGAUUCCGUCAUCUCUAACAACGAAGACUUGUCCGCCUUGCGAGACGCUGAUCCUCCUCCUUCGGAACCGCUUGUCCCGGCUGGACAAAGCGCAGAUGACCCCGACAGACGCGAGGAACAGGCAUCGCAAACCUUGGUGGACAAAUUCCAGGACAAGACGGAUAGGGAGAUCGUUAGAAUGCUCAAAACCAUAGAUCAAGAACGGCGUUUUGGAGAUACUCUAAUGCGAUUGGAACUCGACUCAGCCUUCGUCGAUCGUAUUAUCACCCUCGCCAGGGACGUUGAGCGUCAAGGAGCUGGGAAGCACUUGAUAGAUGAACCCGAAGAGAAGGUUCUGUUGCGUCUCGCGAUCACAUACGGUGUACUCAGACGCCUUGGUUAUUCUGAGGGCCGAGUGGAAGAGUGCCUUUCCGCAAUCGACGGUGUCGAUUUGGAUGACGCAUACGACUGGGCAUGUAUUCUCUAUUCUCUUCAAUUGCACUGUACCCCAAUUGAAUUAGCAAUGCAAGAUGUAGCAAGGGAGCAGCCGCGGUCGAAGACUCCAAAGCUGCUCGAUACCCCGCAAACUCCACGAACUUCAUCUCACAGUCAAUUUGUCCACCCUGCAGGAGCCACUCCAACUACUCCGGUCUCACCAUCGUUCGGGCCUGCAAAACCUGGGCGUCUUGAUGUCAAUGCUCCAGCGUUUGUGCCCGCAGCUUCACGAUUCGGGCAGGCUCCUACUGCUUUUUCGUCCCCGGCUUCUGGGGGCGAGCACUCUCACUCCACUCCAUCACCCUCAGGACAACAGUCACCUCUUGACGAUCCGAACGCUGAUUUCGUACGGCUGAAAAUGCAAAUAUCAGACUUGACCACACAUCGACGGCCAGAUGAAACGCGAGAUAUAGCCAUUCUACGAGACCUUCAAAGGCGGCUGGAGAUUGUCAAGGAAGAUUAUAUGUUCAACGAACGGGAAGCCGAAGCGCAAUUUCGCAUCGAACGAGAAAAGGCUGAUGUUGCAUCUCUCCGGUCACGACUUCGAGGCGACAUUAUUGCGCCCGCUCCCGCAUCAUCGCUGGUUGCGAAACAACCAAAGUCCAGUUCAUCGAAGUCACAGUCUCUCGCUGCGGUGGUCCCUAAUUUACCUUCGGAUAUCUUUGACGAGGAUGAUGAACUACCCUCCGGCGGAGUAUUUGAGCUGCUUGAGGAGAUGCCCGCAACAGAAACGACUGAGCAAGGUAUGACAAUUCAUGUCCACGACAUGGCCCUUCCCAAGCAAUUUUCCGGUCGUACACCAAAAAUGCUGUUAUCGGAGCGGGUCCAUAAGACGGAUCGUUUUGCAGCCAUCAGCUAUAAAGAAAUCUCUGGCGCUAGUCGUGUCAAGAGAGCAGCUGUCAACAUUUGUUGGGGCGGUGGUAAAAUAUCUUCAUGGUCUAUGGAGAAUGAUGCAUGCUACGAUACCUCCCAGGCCGAACAGUAUAUUUCCACUGUUGCUUUGCAUGCGUUGACUUUCCCUGGCACAGAGGGUUUUGCCUCUGGCGGGUCUGUGGCCGCUGGUGCUCAAACUCACUUCAGAUUAUUGCCUGCCAUUUAUCGCGAUUUAUGGGAUAAGUUAGAGACACAGAGACGUCUCGCUGACGAUACAACUAAUCGUCGCAUCUGGGCAAAGCUCAAGAUGGUUUUGCAAAAUAAGCUCGACUUUGAUGAGAAGGCGAGUGAAAAGAUCACGAAGCAAUCUGGCACAUCUACAACACGUUCAGAUGUUCGCAAUCAAGGUCCUGGGAAUGAUCUUACUCCAGAACAAGUUAUCGCUGGCUUUCAGGCAAGGCAAAGCAGUACUGCGUAUCAAGAGAUGCUCCGUCAGCGAGACCAGCUCCCCAUCGCUCGUUACCGCAAUGAGAUUACUUCUAUCCUAGAUACUUCCCAGAUUUUGGUCCUAAGUGGCGAGACUGGAUGCGGAAAAUCAACACAAGUUCCGGCAUUUAUCCUCGAGGACCGCCUGUCGAAGGGUCAACCCUGCAAAAUCUACUGUACCGAGCCUCGACGGAUAUCUGCAAUAUCCCUUGCGCAACGAGUGUCAAAGGAACUCGGUGAACCCUCAGGUGUUGUUGGAACUGCUGGUUCGAUAGUCGGAUACUCGAUCAGGCUUGAGAGUAACAUCACGAGUCGGACUCAGCUGGCAUACGUCACUAAUGGGAUUGCAUUGCGGAUGUUGGAGGGAGGAACUGGCCAAGGGGGUAAAGGCACGGCGUUUGAUGAGAUCACGCAUGUUAUCAUUGACGAGGUUCAUGAACGCACUAUUGAAUCGGAUUUUCUUCUUAUUGUCCUCAAGUCCUUGCUGCAUGAACGCCCCGAUCUUAAGAUAGUCCUAAUGUCUGCCACGGUGGACGCAGAUAAAAUCUCGCAUUACUUCGGAGGGGCUCCUGUACUUCAGGUUCCUGGGCGGACUUUCCCCGUUGAUGUGCGGUUUUUGGAAGAUGCUAUCGAGCUCACGCGAUGGAAUGUUGCUGAGAACUCCCCUUACGCGAGACGUGACGCAGAUCAAGGUCAUUCCCACCGCGGAAAAGCGCGGCCAGAAUGGUCGGAAGACGUCACCAUAGGUGAAGAUGACGAGGAUAGCAUGCAGGAAAAUGUCAAACUGGAGAAACGCUACUCGUCUAGUACAGCGGCGACCAUCAAUCGUUUGGACGAGCGGCUCGUGCCUUUCGAUCUGAUCAUUCGUUUGUUAGAGCAUGUUUGUUUGGAGGACGAGACCUACGUUCCCUAUUCCUCAGCAAUCUUAAUAUUCAUGCCCGGCAUGGCAGAAAUCCGCAGACUCAAUGAUAUGCUCAUGGAGCAUCCCGCAUUCGCUUCGGACGAUAAAUUCAAAAUAUACCCCCUGCAUUCAACUAUAUCAAGCGAACAUCAAGGUGCCGUCUUCGACAUACCCCCUCCAGGGAUCCGUAAGAUCGUUAUAGCUACGAACAUUGCGGAGACCGGUAUUACCAUUCCGGACAUCACAUGUGUUAUCGAUACAGGAAAACAUCGCGAGAUGAGAUUUGAUGAGAAGCGACAGAUAAGUCGGCUGAUAGAGACUUACGUAGCGAAAAGUAACGCAGCUCAACGUCGCGGAAGAGCUGGACGUGUUCAGUCCGGCCUCUGCUUCCAUUUAUUUACCAAAACGCGUCACGACACAAAGAUGGCACCACAUCCCGACCCGGAAAUGAUGCGCUUGAGCUUGAGUGAUCUCGCCCUUAGGAUCAAAAUCAUGAAGGUGAAGCUGGGGUCGUCCAUUGAGGACGUGCUAUCUCGAGCAUUAGAUCCGCCACUCCCCGUAAAUAUCCAAAGAGCGGUGUCAGCAUUGGUUCGCGCGUUGACUACAGCUGAGGAAAUAACGCCGAUGGGUCGUCUUCUAAGCAAGCUACCCACUGACGUUCAUCUCGGAAAGUUCCUCCUCAUCGCCACUCUUUUUCGCUGUUUGGACACGGCUUUGACUAUUGCCGCAACUUUAAAUUCUAAAUCACCUUUUGUUUCCCCUUUGGGUCGUGAACAGGAAGCUGAUCGAGCCAAGUCAAGCUUCCGAGUCGAAAAUUCUGAUUUUUUGACUAUUCACAAUGCCUUCUCGAGCUGGCGUAGGGCAUGCACAAAUGGAGUUUCGCGCAAGUUUUGUCGUGACAGCUUCUUAAGCCAUCAGAACUUACAACAGAUAGAAGAAUUGCGCCAGCAAUUCCUUGGAUAUUUAGUUGACUCCUCUUUCAUCCAAGUCAAUCGUACCUUCGUUAAGGAGCUGAGUCGAGCGCGCUAUAGUCGCGGCAAAGCACGCUUUGUGUCCGUACCACCAGAGCUAGAUGUGAACUCUGACAAUAUCUUCCUCUUGAAUGCUGCUCUCGGCGCCGGAUUGUAUCCUAAAAUCCUCUCCGUUGAUUCAACGAAUGGCGACAUGAAGACUAUUACCAAUAAUCAAACUGCUUUUUUCCAUCCUUCCUCUAUCAACUUUGGAAAGAGAGCUACGGACUUCGGGGCCAGUCAUCUGUGCUACUUCACGCUCAUGCAGUCGAGAAGGCUGUAUGCUUGGGAAACAGGGCCUGUCGACGAAGUUGCGCUUAUUUUACUGUGCGGAGAACCAGAAUUCAAGCUCCUCUCCGACACCGUAAACAUCGACCGUAAGAUCAAAUAUUACGUUCCGCCCAGGACCGGCAUUGCUCUUAAGAUCCUCAGGAACCAACUGGGAUCCAUACUGUCGACGCAAAUGCGUGCAAAGCCACUCGCAGGAUCUCAACUUCAAUGGAACGACCUCGCUAUGAUGGUCUUGGGGAAGAACAAACCAAAGGAGCGGUCAGAACCUCUGGACAGCAUAACUCUGAUAGCACAUCGUUAA